CCAAAUACAUUAGUCAAUCAAUAUUCUUCAUUCCUCUCUCUCUCUCUCUCUCUCUCUCACACACACACACACAAAAUGCAGAAAUGGCCGAAGAAGAGAACACAGUAUCCUCUCAUAGCGCUCAUCUUCUUCGUCUUCAUAGUUUUCUCUAUCCUCUAUAAUGAAAGUAGCAUUCAAGAAAUUCAUUCCAAACACACCCUCCCAAGAAUUCCUCCAGUGCCUUUGGAUAAAUCAAGUGCUUGCCAGUCCACUGUGAAGUAUAGUGGAAAGAGAGCUGAAUGGGAUAGCUUCAAACCGGAGAUUAGUGGCCGAAGAGAAAUGCCGGAGACAUGUGAUUAUUUUUCAGGGGAAUGGGUGUUUGAUAAUAGUUCAUAUCCACUGUAUAAAGAUUCGGAUUGUCCUUAUAUGUCUGAUCAAUUGGCGUGCCACAAGCAUGGCCGACAAGAUCUGGACUACCAGUACUGGAGAUGGCAACCUCACCACUGCAAUUUGAAGAGGUGGAAUGUGACUGAAAUGUGGGAGAAAUUAAGAGGGAAAAGACUAAUGUUUGUGGGAGACUCACUGAAUAGAGGACAGUGGAUAUCGAUGGUGUGUCUUUUGCAAUCUGUUAUUCCUGCUGAGAAGAAGUUCAUGACACCACAGGCUCACCUUUCAAUAUUUAGAGCAGAGGAAUACAAUGCCAGCAUAGAGUUUCUUUGGGCGCCACUUCUUGUCGAAUCAAAUUCUGAUGAUCCUGUUGAUCACAGACUGCCUGAGCGAAUACUUCGUCCUGAUUCACUUCUUAGGCAUUCAUCAGAAUGGAUGCACGCUGAUAUAUUAGUCUUCAAUUCAUAUCUUUGGUGGAGACAGGGCCCUGUUAAGUUAUUAUGGAGUAGCGAAGAAAAUGGAGUUUGUGAGGAAAUAGAUGGGUUGGGAGGCAUGGAGUUAGCUAUGGAAGCAUGGGCAAAGUGGGUGGAUUCCAAUGUUGAUCGCGCGAAGAAGGUCUUUUUUGUCACUAUGUCCCCUACGCAUUUCACGAAACAAGAAUGGGAACCAGGAAGCGAAGGAAACUGCUACGACGAGAAGCUUCCAAUAAAGAAUGGAACAUACUGGGGUAUAGAUUCUGACUUUCCCACAAUGCAGAUGGUUGAAAGGAUACUGGCCAAGUUGGGCUCAAAGGUUAAUGUUCUCAACAUUACUCAGCUUUCAGAAUAUAGGAAAGACGGCCACCCUUCCAUAUAUCGUAAGUUUUGGGAGACGCUGACUCCUGAGAAAUUAGCAGAUCCUGCAAGUUACUCGGAUUGCAUCCAUUGGUGCUUGCCUGGCGUUCCUGAUGUAUGGAACGAGCUGCUAUUUCAAUUUUUGUGAAAAAAACAGGUGCACUUUGUAAGUAAUCUUUCCACUAUCAUAGGAGAAAAGAAAAGUUCACACCUUAACGUAAUGUACAUCUCGAAUGAGCACGCCCUUAUUUCUACUGUUAGUAUUGAAGCAAAAUCUUGAACCUCAAGGUAAACCAAUUGCAGAGUGAAGAGAUGAUGCUUCUUUCGUUUGAGUUUCACUUUGAUAGUUUGGUGAUUCUCAAUAACAAUGCUGCUGGGAGAUAGCAAGUACCCGUUGAAAUAGUUGAAGUAUGUUCAAACUAGCGGAUAUCAGCCUUAUAGAAAAAAGUCGUUCUUCUGUUUUGCUCGAAAUUUUGUUUAAAUGAGUGUAUACCAUGAACCACAGUUGGGGGAAUUCAAAUUAGAAUGUAUGAACUUCGCGAAGAGUAUCAAAAGCUCAUUAGCAGCAAGUCAAUUCAGUAAAUUGAGGUUCGUGAGCUUAGCCCAAAGCCACUAGCCAAGUCAAUGCAUGAAAGAGUGUAUUCUAGACCUGCAGUAUGAGCAUUCUUGUAUCUUCUAAUCUGCUAAUAUGUUUAGUAAUUAUGCUACUCUGGCUAAUACUUUAGCAUUGAACUUGGGAAUAUUCA